CGGAAGAAAUCCAUCCCUCUUUCAUUGCGUAUCAUCUCGCUCAAUAAGGAAAUCUGACCUGUUAGAUUGGAAGUUUAGAGGAGACCGUCUCUUAUGUAAAGAUGCUCUACUCUUGGGGUGCGUGUGACGGAGAGGGAUUUGACGUGGUCAGCUAUGAGAGAACAAAACAGGAUAAUUCUGUGGUAAAGACAUUGUGUGCGGAAUCAACAAUCCAGGAUGAACCAACAGGAAAAUAUCUCGGAUUCAUCGGUGGAGAUGGAAACGUCACGGUCCUUAGUCUGUAUGUUGACGGAAAUGUCAACGCUGUGGUGCAAAAGCGCUUUAGCUUAAAGAAAGACAAGAUCAAAGUGAUGAAGUGUGGACCGGCUCGUGCGCUCCUGUUUCUACAUGAAGGAAAGAUUCUCCUAUUGGAGAGAGGGAAUUCCUGCAGGCCCUUCAGAGUGCUCUGCGACAGACAGGUUACUCAGGUGGCAUGUGGAAACCAGCAUUCCAUUGCAUUAAUCCGUGAUGGUCAGUUGUUGGUUUGGGGUGAGAACUCUCAUGGUCAGUUGGGUUUAGGGAAGGAAGAACGCAGCACUCUGUCACCUCAACCACUCAAAUCUCUGUGCGGGAUUCCUCUGGCUCAAAUCAGCGCUGGAGGAGACCACAGCUUCGCCUUGUCCCUCUCAGGAGUCGUGUUUGGCUGGGGGAAGAACAACGCUGGACAACUUGGCCUUGGAGACAUUACCAAUAAAUACACUCCAACUUGUGUCAAGAGCUUGAAUCAGAAGAAAACAGUCUUCAUUUCAUGUGGGGAAGAGCAUACUGCCAUUCUGACAAAGGGUGGCUUUGUGUUCACAUGUGGAUCAGGCCGCUUUGGGCAGCUUGGACAUAAUUCACUAAGGGACGAGUAUCACCCUCGACUCAUAGCUGAACUCAUGGGGUCAAAGGUGUCUCAGAUCGCCUGUGGACAGCACCACACUCUGGCAUUGUCUGAGCUGUUUAAUGUGAUCUACUCAUUUGGAUGCGGGGAACAAGGGCAGCUGGGAAAUGCAAAGACAAUUAACCAGACUGUGCCCUUACCAAUACACUUGCCAUCAGAUCACAACCCUGCAUUAAAAGUGAAGAGAGUUGUAGCUGGUGGGAACAUUUCCUUUGCCUUCUAUCAUGAAUUGAACCAUGAAAGAAGUGUUAUACCGAGCGUAUGUGCAACACUAGAUGACCAAAUCAUUGACAAAUGGCUGACAGAGUGUGACACGAAUGCAUGGACACGAGCCAAAAGGGAAAUCAAAAGGAUGUUUUCAUCUGCAUCUUUCGUAAAUGGGAGUUUUAUUGAUAAAAGUUGUGACCAACAUUUCCUGACUUCAGCGGAAUAUUCCGGUCUGGAUCUUUCCCUCGCCCGUCUUGCUUUUGAGAAGAUAGCCACAAAGACCAAAGUACUAUCGGAGGUACAGCAAUCAGUGAUGAGAGAGCUGCUUCCAUCUCUGAGCAUCUGUCCAGCUGGUGUAGAGGCUCUGAGAAUUUACCUUAUCCUGCCUGAACUCAUCAGAGUCAUCCAGAAACAAAAACAACAAACAGAACUGGCUGUUGACCUGGCUGGUGCCAUUCUAAAACUGGACCCUUUUCCAUGUGAUGCUUUGGAGAGCCUCUGGACUAGAAUGCCAUAUUCAUACUUUAGGACGCUUGUGAAGACCUUGCGUUCUGAGUCUGCAAAGCUCAUAGAACAAAUGACAGCACAACAUUGUGACAACUGGGAGUCCCUGACCACCAUUCUUCGUGUUCUGAAGCGAUUAUUUUUGGUUAACAGGCAAAGGAAAAGCGUAUUAAUUGAAAGUCAGUUUUGCAUCAGUGAAGUUGCCCACCUGCCAAUGAAUGGAAAUCUUGAACUGUUGGUUCCCUUCAGUUUUGUGGCGGACACUGUUACUAAACAGAAAAUUUUUAAUUACUUGAAGGGCUUACUCAUGCAGGAAGAACAGACAAGCGCAUUCUUAUCCGGACUACCUAAUCCUGUCAACAUGUUGCACAUAAACAGGGAAUCAUUGUUGAAGGACACACUAGAGUAUCUCAGAAAAGGCAUCCUCUCAUUUUCAUACCCACUAAUGGUGGCGUUUAUCGGGGAGAAUGGCAUAGAUAUCAGGGGCUUAUCUGCAACAUUCUUCUCCCUCCUUUCGGAAGCUUUUCUCUCGUGGGAGAAAAAGCUUCUGGAAGUCUCAGAGAAUUCACAACUGGUUUGGUUCAAUCCUGAUACAUGUGAUGUCACAGAUUUUUAUUAUCUUGGCAUUAUGUGUGGAAUGGCACUGUACAACCAUCAUUACAUGAACAUUAACUUCCCAUUGGCGUUGUUCAAGAAACUCCUCCAAUUGAGUCCCACACUCAGUGAUCUAGAGGAACUGUCCCCUGUGGAGGCCAGAGGUUUGAAAAAUCUUCUUGAAGAGGAAGAGGAAGAUGUGGAUGGGCUGCUUGUGGAUUUCACGGUCAAAGGACAAGAGCUCUUUUCAAAUGGAUGUCAGGUUCCAGUGACCAAAAAUAACAGACAGAUGUAUGUUGAUUUGUACGUUGACUUUGUUUUCAACAAGUCAGUGAAGAAUCAGUUUGAGCAAUUUUCAAUAGGUUUUUUUGAGGGUUGUCCUCUCAAUGCUUGGAGAAUGUUCCACCCUGAAGAGCUCAGGGAACUUUUCCAUGGUUCCCCUACAUAUGAGUGGAAAGACCUUCCUCAGUGUUCCACAUAUGAACACUGUUCUCCAUCUGAUGAGCUUAUCACAAAUUUCUGGACAGUCUUCUUUGAGUUCUCAGAAGAGCAAAGGAAGAAAUUUCUGUUUUUCAUGUAUGGAACGGACCGUGUUCCUGCCGGAGGUCUCUCAAAGCUGUCACUGAAGAUUGUGCAGUUAAACCUUCCUGAGCCAGAUGACCGUUUCCCAGAAGCCCAGACCUGUUUUGGCAAAUUACAUCUUCCCAAAUACAGCAAUAUUGACAUACUUCGCAACAAGCUAAUACAUGCUAUCAACUUCUGUGAGGUUUUUGGACGGGUGUGAAAUUCCCUCAAGGUCAUCGGGGCUAAAAUAAGCUUAUACUAAUUAUGCUGUCAACUAGGCUGACUGCUGCUGAUUGCAAUUUCAUAAACUGCACUGAAAAUAAAUGUUAACCUGUUCUUCAUCUAAAUGAAAUGUUGUUGUUACUGUAAAUUAACUUAUGUAGUUGCAUACAUAUAUAAUAUAUUAUUUAUGCUAUUUUAUUAUAUUUUAUAUGUAUUGGAAUUUAUAACCUCAUUUUAUGACCUAUUAUCUGACAUAACUCCUAUAAGCAUGUUUAUUUGAAUAGAGAAAUAAAAUGACAUUAUCUAUUAAAUAGAGUAGCCUACUUCUUACCAUGGUGUUGAUGUUGGGAAAUUGCAAAGCAUUAUGUUAGAAGCAUGGAUGCUCUUUUUUUUCAAAGCUUAGAGUAGAGGUUAUAAAGCUUGUUUGAAAAUUUUUAUUUUACCUUUUCUAUUUUUAGA